AUGGAGCAAUCUAUAAUUAAUAGAUUGAAAAAUGAAUAUGAGUAUUGCUUCUCAAGAUACCUAAAAGAAAUAGCAGAUCAAUAUGACGAAAAGCUGAUCCCACAAAAAUGGGUAAAUACAUUGGAGCUUUUCACUUUUGGAAGUUACUCGCACUAUUUGAAGUACCGGGAUGAAUAUGCUGAUUUGGAUAAUGAUCUUACUUUGAAGUUACUCGAAUUAACGAUUUUAUCGAUAACGAACGACUUUGAGAACUGCAAUAUUAGCAUUGAUGAUAUACUUAACGAUCAUGAUUAUGGGUUGAAAGAGGCACUUAAAUCCUACAGCUCAAAAGCGUCGAAUAAUAAAAUGGACGGUGAUGAACUUCUAUUUAACAAAAUCCUAAUUGCAAUGGCCGAUAAAAAGAUACUUGAUGUACUCGUCGACGAUGAGACCAGAAGUUUAUAUACUGGAAAGCCACUAAUCCUCAGAGACGUCUACGACUCAAGAACUAUGAAUUUGAGGGUAUUGAAGGAAUCAGAUAUCCCAAACAGGUCCUUGGAUACUGCAAGAAUAAAACUAAAAUCGUGGUUGGAUAAUAGUAUAUCUCCAUUGGUUCCUGAACUUAACUCAAACAAGGAAGAAUCUUCAACUAAAAUCACAAGAAAGAGAAAGCAAUCAGAAAAUCUGAUAUAA